AUGUCCUCCAACGACAACACUUCCACCCUCAAGUCCUACGUCGACUCGGCCACUGGCGCUGUCCAGAGCGCCCUUGGUAGCUUGACUGGCAACACCAGCGACCAGACUGCCGGCCAAGCCAAGCAGGACAAAGCCGAUGUUGAGCACGAUGCCUCUCACGCCACCUUGAAGGGCCCUGGCUUCACUGCCUCUGCCGCAGGCGUGUCCAAGGACGACCCCGACCGAGCUGCCGGUAGCUGGAACCAGACUGUCGGUUCCGCCAAGGAAACCGUGGGAGGACUCAUUGGCUCAGAGGGCCUGAAGCAAGCCGGUCGCGAGCAGAACCUCGACGGUCAACAGCAGGAGGCCAAGGGUCAGGUCAGCGACUACACCAAAGGCGCCGGUGACCGUAUCACUGGCACCGUCGGCGCCGCCGUUUCCGGUCUGACUGGCAACACGGCUGCUCAGAAGGAAUAUCAGAACCAGCACGACACCGGCAAGACUAGCCAGCGCGGUGCUGAGCACGACAUCCUCAAGCAGGCUGAUGCCAAGAACGAGCUCAAGUAA